CUCUUGUUGAUAGAAACUGGGUUAAAUGUCGGUGUGUUUAUGCGGAGUCACGGCCCUGACAGGCUCGGUGGCAUUAUAAAACCACUAUCAGGCUGUUUAGCAGCUCCGGUCGACUGUCAGCGGCUCUUUAACUUUCAGGUUGUGGGACUUUUCAGAUACACAAAUGGGUGAAAAGGAGGAAAAAUGCCCCAAUGGAGUCAGAUAUUACAGACUGUCAGAGAUCGAGGAGCAGAACUCGUUCAAAUCAACGUGGAUCAUCAUCCAACACAAAGUCUACGAUGUCACCAAGUUUCUAGAAGAGCACCCUGGAGGAGAGGAGGUGCUGAGGGAGCAGGCGGGAGGAGACGCCACUGAGAGCUUUGAGGAUGUCGGACACUCCACCGACGCCAAAGAGAUGUCUGAAAGCAUGGUGAUCGGAGAGCUGCAUCCGGAUGACAGAGACAAGAUCGCCACACAUGAGGAAACACCAGUGACCACUUUGAAGGACGAGUCCAGUUCAUGGACUAACUGGGUGAUUCCUGCUCUGGUUGCGGUCAUCGUCACGCUGAUAUACCGCAUCCUCACCACAGAGAGCAAGUGACAUCAGUCAUGCAGUUGUGAUGUCAUCAAAAGGCACUACAGUCAAAUUCCCCAACUCCUAAUUGACAGCUGGAGCAGCCAGUGGCAGCGUAGAAUGACCAACCGCUGGGAACCAACAAUCAACUGAUGAAUGGAUUAAAAGUAUCUGCUCUGGGAUCAAUAACUCUACGCUGACUCGCAGUACCAUGAUACCCAAGUUUCAUUUCAUGUUGUUUAACCAACCAAUCACAUGGCAUUAUGGUAAUGAAGUCAUUUAUGUUUUUGAUGUUUUGUGAAAUUUCUCUAAUGUGAAAUCUUGUAGAAAUGCAGUGAACGUAUAAUUUGUUGUAUCUUUUAUACAUUUGUAACUGAAUGUAAAUGAGUUUAGAAAUAUGCAAUCAACAGCUAACAUCAUCAGCAUCAUGGUGUCAUCAUCAGAUGACAGUCAUGUGACUGUACUCAGAUCCUUUAUGUAGGAUAUCAUAACGUGAAACACUGAUGAUCUCCCAAAGAAUAUGUAUGAAGUUAUGACUCUGCAGGUGCCUUUUGGAUUUGUUUAUUUUAAACUAUUAUAGAACUUAUUUUAGAUCUCCAAAUUACUGCUUUUCAUAGUUUGCUUAAAGCUUUGAUUUGUUCCAAAUUUGUCAAAGUCUCAACUUUCUUGGACUCUGCAGUGAAGCUGUUUCUAGCAGAGGAAACCAAACAUUUCUCAGACUGUCACAGUUGAUUUUUUUUUACACCAAAUUAUCCUCCUAUUAAUUCUGAUAAUGACCAGUAACUGAUCAGCUGUGUGGCACUCUUAACAUCAUCGCCGACCUUCAUUUCUAAACACUGAGGUCAGUGUGUUCUGACCUGUAUGACCACAGGGUGUGAGUUCUCAAGGAAAAGAGCAAAGAUUGGAAGAAAACCUGUACCCCUAACGUUUGUUUUCCGUCACAACUGUUGUCUCAAGAGAAUUUAAUAGAAGUCAAGGUAGAUUUUGUUAUUUUGAUAUUUUAAAUUGUAUACAAUAAAAACAAAUGGGUGCAAAAGACCCCAAGACUAUAAAUAAAGUUAUUUUUGAACAAAG